UUGAAAUACAAGCACCAUCCCCUCAUUAGCUGAUUAUAUAAAGGGGGAGGGGGCACUUGCAAAUGGCAGUGAAGCAAUACAAAAUUAAAGAUGUCCGUAGCCACCAUAACCUCACUCCCUCCACAAUGGCUUUCCAUUCUUGCAGUCUUUCUUCUUCCAAUUCUCACUUUGCUUCUCUUCAGAGGCAAAGACGACAACAAAAAGAAAGGACUCAAGAUCCCUCCAGGACCUCGACGGCUUCCCCUCAUUGGCAAUCUUCACCAAUUGAGUAGCCAACCUUACGUCGAUUUUUGGAAAAUGGCCAAGAAGUAUGGCCCUGUCAUGCAACUUCAACUCGGUAGAUGCCCUACUGUUGUACUCUCCAGCACUGAAACCUCCAAGGAACUCAUGAAAGACCGAGAUGUUGAGUGCUGUAGCCGCCCACUGUCAGUAGGUCCAGGACAAUUGUCUUAUAACUUCUUGGAUGUUGCAUUUUCUCCAUACUCAGAUUACUGGAGAGAAAUGCGUAAGCUCUUCAUUUUUGAGCUUCUUAGCAUGAGAAGAGUGCAGACGUUUUGGUAUGCAAGGGAGGAGCAAAUGGACAAGUUGAUUGAAAUCUUGGAUGGUUCUUAUCCAAACCCAGUUAAUCUCACUGAGAAAGUGUUCAACAUGAUGGAUGGGAUCAUCGGUACAAUUGCAUUUGGAAGGACUACUUAUGCUCAGCAAGAGUUCAGGGAUGGUUUUGUGAAGGUGCUGUCUGCAACCAUGGACAUGUUGGCUAGCUUCCACGCAGAGAAUUUCUUCCCAGUUGUUGGAAGAUAUAUUGAUUCUUUGACAGGGGCUCUUGCUAAGAGGCAGCAGACAUUUGCCGACGUCGAUCGCUACUUCGAGAAGGUUAUUGAACAGCAUCUUGAUCCUAAUAGGCCUAAACCAGAAACUGAAGACAUUGUUGACGUGUUGAUUGGGUUGAUGAAGGACGAGAGUGCCUCUUUCAAAAUCACCAAGGAUCACCUGAAGGCUAUUCUCAUGAACGUCUUUGUGGGUGGAAUCGAUACAAGUGCAGUGACAAUAACAUGGGCAUUCUCAGAGCUGCUCAAGAACCCAAAACUGAUGAAGAGGGCACAAGAAGAAGUGAGAAGAGCUGUUGGUCCGAAUAAGAGAAGAGUAGAAGGAAAAGAGGUGGAGAAGAUCAAAUACAUUGAUUGCAUAGUAAAAGAAACAUUUAGGAAGCAUCCACCAGUUCCACUACUAGUUCCACACUUCAGCAUGAAGCAUUGCAAGAUUGGUGGAUAUGAUAUUCUCCCAGGAACAACAAUUUACGUCAACGCCUGGGGUAUGGGAAAAGAUCCUACCAUCUGGGACAAUCCUGAAGAGUUUUUCCCAGACAGAUUUUUGAACAGUGAAGUUGAUUACAGAGGGUCUCACUUUGAGUUGGUACCAUUUGGAGCUGGUCGCAGGAUUUGCCCUGGUUUGGCUAUGGGCACCACUGCUGCGAAGUACAUAUUGUCAAAUCUUUUGUAUGGAUGGGACUAUGAGAUGCCUAGAGGACAGAAGUUUGAGGACUUCCCUCUGAUUGAGGAAGGUGGCCUGACAGUCCACAACAAGCAGGAUAUCAUGGUCAUUCCUAAAAAACACAAAUGGGGUUGAUUGAUUUUGCUUAAUUAAUCAUCCUGCUACCAAAAAAUUACCUCUGCUUGCCAUAUAUUCUCCGUAUUCUCUUCUGCAUUAAUAAAAUGGAAUGAAGUUUUUGUACUUCCCUCUGUUUCAGAACCUAGACUAGCUACAAAUUAUCCCCUCUGCUACUAAAAACUUAGCUCUUCUUUAUUUUCCCUUCUGCAAUGAUAGAAUAGUGCUUUACUGUUUUAAUUUUCAACACAUGUAUCUUGUCCUUCGCUUCAUGUUAGUGAUUAUAAGGUACUAAUAAAAUGGUGUUCUUCAGCAGACUAAA